CAACCAUUUCUAAUCGCGCCUGUGCUCGAGAUUCAGGAAGGGCGGCCAUGAUGGUCCCAGAUAGUAAACUUCAACCGAAACGGAAAGUAGAGGAAGAGAAUAGUCUAGUGAAAAGAAAGGAAGUUCAGAAUGAAGCCAGCUAAAAUUACAGUGAAAGAAUCUCCAGAAGAAAGCUGAUCUUCACCUGAAAAUAGAGAAAAGAGAAACUGACAAGGAGACGAACGAAAUUCAAUUUCGCAAGAAUGAAAUCCAUCAUUUAAUGUUAGGCAAGGAGAAAUGGAACCAAAAACAAUUUUCAUGUAAACGCUGUAAGAAAAAUUUCAAAACUAAACAAAAUUUGCAAAAUCAUGAAAGAAUCCAUACAGGAGAGAAGCCUUUUAGUUGUGACAAGUGCAAAGAGAAAUUUACACAAAAAUCAAGCUUAAUUCAACACCUUCGGGUACACACUGGAGAAAAGCCUUACGCUUGUGACGAGUGUAAAAAGAAGUUUACACACAGAUCAACCUUAAUUAAACACCUUCGGAUCCACAAUGGUGAAAAGCCUUACAGUUGUGACGAGUGUAAACAGAAGUUUACACAAAAAUCAAGCUUAAUUAAACACCUUCGAAUUCACACAGGAGAAAAGCCUUACAGUUGUGAAGUGUGUAAAAAGAAGUUUACACACAGAUCAACCUUAAUUAAACACCUUCGGAUCCACAAUGGUGAAAAGCCUUACAGUUGUGACGAGUGUAAACAGAAGUUUACACAAAAAUCAAGCUUAAUUAAACACCUUCGAAUUCACACAGGAGAAAAGCCUUACAGUUGUGAAGUGUGUAAAAAGAAGUUUACACAAAAAUCAAGCUUAAUUGAACACCUUCGGCUCCACACUGGAGAAAAGCCUUAUAGUUGUGACGAGUGUAAAAAGAAGUUUACAAAAAGAUCAAACUUAAUUGAACACCUUCGGAUCCACACUGGUGAAAAGCCUUACUGUUGUGACGAGUGUAAACAGAAAUUUACAUGGAAAUCACAGUUAAUUAGACACCUUUGGAUUCACAACAGACGAUAGCCAUAUGAAUACUAAUUAUGUACAGCGAAUUUCAUUUGAAGCCAAGAUUUAACAGUAGAUUAAAAUAUUCACACUUUGAAAUUUUCAAGGAAUGUUAUUUUUAAUUUUUAUUGAUGUAGAAUUAUCGAAAGAUGUAAAAAAACUGGUUUUAAAUUGUAAUGAUCAUCUUCGACUUUCUGAAAUGUUUUAACUAAGAAACAUUACAAUAUUCAAUAUAUAUUUAAAAUGUUAUUAUAUACUUGUACGUGUUUUAUAUAUACAUAUUAUGGGACUUUAUGAGCAUGUUUUUAAUUUGUUUCAUUUUUUGUCAGACAAAAGCCGUCUUAUCAUACUAAAUCUUUUGGUGUUUAUAUCCUAGUUUUUACUUUUGGUACGAAGAAAUUUUAUGCAGUAAGUCAAAAGUUAAAUUUUUAGCUGCAAUUUCAAUAAAUUGUUAGACCAGUAAAUUCUCACUGUCAUCUCCG